UCGUUGUGUUCAGGGGGACAGAGAGGAGACAGGCAGGACAGCAUGCUCCCUUACUGAACUUUCUCACUUCUUAGUCUUGUGUUUGUGCUCCUUCCCUACCGGCUUUCCCUUUCCCCCUCCCCUUCUGUCCUGCUUGUUGAUGAGGAGCGUUUACUUCUGGGGAGGCGGUAGGUUGUUUUUUUUUUUUUUUUUUUUUGCUUUGGUUGACCUGUCUGCUGUCAAACUUCAGCUGACAUGGAUUUGUUACGCCGACGGACGCGCUGAAAAGUUCAGGAAUUUCCUUCAUUCUCAGGCGGGCUACGGGCACUGAGGACCGAUUGCUGCAACUUUUGUUCAAAGUUUUCAGAAACUUGUUUGAAACACACACACGCAAAAAAAAAAAAAAAAAGAAAAAGAAAAACAGAAAAUGCAGAAGGUGAACUCGAGCGGGACGCACGGCAGCACGCUGGGCCGGGACGCGGAGCUGCAGCUGCGGCUGGCGGACAGCGGAGCUCCCGGGGAGGCGAGGGAGAACGGAGCCGGGAAACACUUCCUCAGCCAGCAGCCCCACGAGCACCAAAGCUCGUUUUGCACCAAAAGAAAGAUGCUCGUCUGCUUGGAUGUAAUAUGUCUAAUUGUCGCCUCCAUCCCAUUUUUUGCGUGUGAAUUGAAAGCAGUGACUGCAUACAAGCGGGGCUUCUUCUGCGGAGACUCCAGCAUCACCUACCCCUUCUUGGAGCGGGAGGCAAUCCCCGACACCCUGCUCAUUGCUGGCGGCAUCGCCAUCACGGGCUUAACGAUUGCAUUGGGUGAAUGCUACCGGGUGCGUUUUAGAGGUGUACACUCGCGGGCCUUUGUUCGAAACCGCUAUGUUUCAUGCCUGUACAAAGAACUGGGGAGCUUCCUGUUUGGUUGCUGUGUGGGUCAGUCUCUCACCAAUAUGGCCAAGCUGAGCGUGGGUCGCCUCCGACCCAACUUCCUCUCCGUCUGCAACAUCACCUACGCCUCUAUUAACUGCACUCCGGGCAGCUACGUCUCCGAGGUGAACUGCAGGCCGCGCAACACGAAGAUGGUGGAGGAGGCAAGGAAGUCCUUUUUUUCGGGCCAUGCUUCCUUUGCAAUGUACACCAUGCUUUAUCUGGCAUUCUACCUGCAGGCACGGUUGUCGUGGCGAGGAGCUCGACUACUGCGCCCGCUGGUUCAGUUCCUGCUGGUGAUGAUCGCCAUCUACACCGGCCUGAGCCGCAUCUCCGACUACCGCCACCACCCCACGGACGUGCUCGCCGGCUUCAUCCAGGGGGGGCUCACCGCGUACUGGGUGGCUUUCUACAUUUCCUCCAUGUUUAAGCCCCACGCCCGUCCAGACCUGUCUCCCACAAGCGUGUCUCUGGAGAGCCCACUGUCCAGCCAGCAGACCGUCUGCUAGCAGGUGUAUACGGACCUUACAGGAAUUGGAAGAUAAAUCAGGGAGAAAAGCAGGUAGAGAAAAUAGAAAAAGCUUAGUUUAUGUGAAAGGGAAUAAUUCCACGAGAAGACUAUGAUGGAAGAGUACAAUCUAACGCAUGCUUACGUAAGACAUGUAACAUAUUUGUACACUCACAUAUGUGAAAUACAAGAAGCACAUUCGAUGGUACGUCAAACCCGUCCAGUAAAAAAAAAAAACAAAAAAAAAAAAACAACAGAUAUUUUUAUAAAAAAAAAAAGAAAAAAGUCUAUUUUUCAGGAGGAGUUUUAGAAGCUGCUAAUGUUUCCAGAUUGACCUUAUUUCCCUCUAGAGUGGAGGCUGGUAUUAAGGGUAUAUAAUUUAGUUUUCAAAGUGCAACUUCUCACACUUGAAGUCUGCAGUGACAUACAGAAAAAUCCCCAAUGCAAGCCCCUCCCUUCUCUCUGAAACCCUGUACAACUUUGAAAACACCGAGCAGCAGCUGUGAAAUGAGACCAUCAGACCUUAGAGGUGAAGACGGCUCCGCAUGAAUCCACACAACUGUCCCACGGAGCGAACAAGUGCCGGCUUCGCCUCCUCGUCAUCUUUACCGUCAGUCUUUUGAUGUGCCACUGUGCAAAUCAGCCUUCCCUACAUCACUAUAACUAAAAUAUAAACUGUGUGUAAGCAUUGAUUACAAAAAAGUGAUAAUGCUGUAAUGCAAUGCUCUUGUUCUCAUUUUGAGUAACCAUGGCAGCGAAUGGAAGGAGGCUGACCAGGUAACUUCUCCUCCUCGUCUAUGCCACUUUUCUGUACUAACCACUUUGACUGUCUCUCAGAAGUGGAGGUUUGACUGAAUUUUUUUGUAACCUCUGACUUUCGCCCCUGGAUCCCACUCUGAGUUGCACCUUGUUUUAUGCCACUCACGCAGGAGACGCGCGUCUGCGACCCAGCCGCCCUCCUGUGCAUCAUAAUUAAUAGCACUUGAAUGUAGAUAAUGGAACCUUGUAAUUAUAAUCAAUGUUAUAUAUUGUAUCACAAAUUUGAAUAAUCAGUGUUUAUCUGUGUUAGAUCAACUCAUAAACUUCAUUUCUUUUCUUUUUUUUGUCUUAAAAUGAUAAUUCUUCAAACUGAAUGUAAAUAGCAAUGUCAUUUUAUAAACCACACAGAAAAGUAUUAGCUCCAAGGUACAGAGAGAGUUGCUUUUGUACCUGUUGUAACUACUAGACUGAGCCACAGAUAUAUGAAAAAGCUAUAUUUUUUGUGUUCCCAUGUAUUAUUUGUUUUCGUCUGUGAAUGCCAUAUUGGCAGAAAUAACCACUGUACUCAAAAAAACCAAACCAUUAAAGUGAAUGUUGAAAGUUUUGAAA